GAGCCACACCUCCGGAGGCGCUGCUGCUGCUGCUGCUGCUGCCGCUGCUGCUGCUGCUGCGGGUCUAAAGCUGAAUCCACUCGCUUGAUCUCAACCAGUCAGCAGCAGUAGUUGUCGGGCCGGAGUAUGAUCGCUGUCCGGAGCGCAUAGAUGUGCAAAACCUCUGGAUUAUCCGCGCGCUGGAGAGGCCAGAACAGACCGGGGGACUGGAGGACUGUCUUCGUUUAGUCGUCAAAAGGGAAAGGAGAAAGCAUGGCGGUAGAAGAGGAAGGUCUGCGGGUUUUCCAGAGCGUUAAAAUAAAAAUAGGAGAAGCAAAAAACAUCCCUCCGUACCCGGGGCCGAACAGGAUGAGGGACUGUUACUGCACCGUCAACCUGGACCAGGAGGAGGUCUUCAGAACCAAGAUCGUGGAGAAGUCACUGUGUCCGUUCUACGGGGAGGACUUCUACUGCGAGAUCCCGCGGAGCUUCAGACACCUCUCCUUCUACAUCUUCGACAGGGACGUCUUCAGGAGGGACUCCAGCAUCGGCAAAGUUGCAGUGAAGAAGGAGGACCUGCAGAAAUAUCACGGGAAAGACACCUGGUUCCAGCUACAACCUGUCAGCGCUGACUCAGAAGUGCAGGGAAAAGUUCACUUGGAGCUGCGUCUCAGUGAAGUCAUCACGGACAGUGGGGUCAUCAGCCAUAAACUGGCCACACGAGUGUUGGAGUGUCAAGGUCUUCCCAUCGUCAACGGCCAGUGCGAUCCCUACGCUGCCGUCUCCUUAUUAGGCCCUUCAAGGUCGGAAGCCAAGAAGACGAAGGCAAAGAGGAAAACCAACAACCCGCAGUUUGAGGAGGUUUUCUAUUUCGAGGUGACGCGGCCGCUGAGCUACACGAAGCGGCAGUUCGAUGUCGAAGAAGAGGACGUGGACAAACUGGCCCUGAGAGUGGAUCUGUGGAACGCCAGCAACUUGAAGUUCGGGGACGAGUUCCUGGGAGGCGUGCGUGUUCCCCUGCGGGUACUGGGUCAGGCUGGAGUCCACGACGCAUGGUACUUUCUGCAGCCCAGGGAAAACGGAGGGAAGUCCGUGAAGGUGGAGGAGCUCGGCUCUCUGCGUCUGAACAUCGUUUACACCGAGGACCACGUUUUCCCCUCCGAACACUACACCCCCCUCAGGGACCUGCUGUUGUCCUCUGCUAACGUAGAGCCCGUGUCGGCGUCCACGGCUCACAUUCUGGGGGAGGUGUGUCGAGAGAAGCAGGAAGCCGCCAUCCCACUCGUUCGUCUCUUUCUUCAUUAUGGCAAAAUAGUGCCUUUCAUCAGCUCCAUCGCUCAUGCUGAAGUCAACCGCACACAAGAUCCAAACACCAUUUUUCGGGGAAACUCGCUGACUUCUAAGUGCAUCGAUGAGACCAUGAAGCUGGCAGGCAUGCACUAUCUGCAAGUGACGCUCAAACCGAUCAUAGAUGAGAUCUGUGCAGAACACAAGCCUUGUGAAAUCGACCCAGUCAAGCUGAAAGAGUCGGAGAACCUGGAGACAAACAGGGAAAACCUUCGUCACUAUGUCGACCGGAUCUUCAACGUCAUCACGACCUCCGGCGUCCGCUGUCCCACCGUCAUGUGCGACAUCUUCUUCUCUCUGCGAGAGUCGGCCGCCACUCGUUUCCAAGUCGACCAAGACGUCCGAUUCACGGCGGUGAGCAGCUUCAUCUUCCUGCGUUUCUUCGCCCCAGCCAUCCUCUCCCCGAACCUGUUCCAUCUACGGCCGCAUCAUCCGGAUCCCGCCACCUCACGAACCCUCACCCUCAUCUCCAAGACGAUCCAGACCCUGGGAAGUCUUGCCAAGUCUAAAUCUGCCAAUUUCAAAGAGUCUUACAUGGCUGCGUUUUACGACUACUUCAAUGAGCAGAAGUAUGCGGACGCUGUGAAGAAUUUCCUGGACCUGAUCUCCACCUCUGGGAAAUGGGAUCAGAAGAGUAUUGAAACGCCGAUCAUGCUCAAAGAGGGGAGUGUAAAACUCACUAUAAAGAGGGUUGAUGGGAAGGGGUCAAAAGGCACGAAGGGCAGAUUCAUGAUAAAAAGAGCACAAGGGAGAAACCGGUUCGGCAUCAAGAACUUCAAGAAGAGAUGGUUUCGCCUCACGAACCACGAGUUCACCUACCACAGAACCAAAGGCGAGGGAGCUCUUUGCAGCAUUCCCAUAGAGAACAUUCUGGCAGUGGAGAGGCUGGAGGAGGAGUCUUUCAAGAUGAAAAAUAUGUUCCAGGUUAUCCAGCCAGAGCGGGCGCUCUACAUCCAGGCCAACAACUGUGUGGAGGCGCGCGACUGGAUCGACAUCCUGACCAAAGUCAGCCAAUGCAACCGCAAACGCCUGAGCACCUACCAUCCUUCCGCCUACCUCAACGGCCACUGGCUCUGCUGCAAGCUCUCGGCGGACGCGGCCCCCGGGUGCACGCCCUGCACUGGUGGUCUACCAGCAAACAUCCAGCUGGACGUAGAUGGAGACAGAGAGACCGAGAGGAUUUAUUCCCUGUUCAGCACAUACAUGACCAAACUGAUCAAGAUGCAAGAGGCCUGCGGCAGCAAGUCCGUGUACGACGGCCCUGAACAGGAGGAGUACUCCAGCUUUGUCAUCGAUGACCCGCAGGAGACGUACAAGACCCUGAAGAUGAUCGUGUCGGCCGUGCAGACGCUGGAGCAGCAGCACACCAAGUACAAACGGGACAAGUUCAAGAAGACGAAGAUAGGCAGCCAGGAGCAUCCGAUCGGAGACAAGACUUUCCAGUGCUACAUCCACCAGCAGUCCGAGAGCUCCACCUACUCCAUCUAGCCGCGGCAUCCCCGCAUACUGUCUCUGUCUCUGUGAGGCCCCCGGACACAGCAUCGUUUUCUUUCACGGAGGAGAAAAAAUCCAUCUGAACGAAUCUCCGUGUCUAGCAUCGAGUUUUAAAUCUUUGUUUUUUUUCCUUAAAAACAAACACAUCAGCAGAGUCCUUAUUUCCGAUGAAGUGAAAUCACUUUUUAAAAAGACAUUUCUGGACGCAAAGAAGCUGAUUUGCUAAAAAAAAAAAAAUAAUAAUAAUAAUAAUAAAAAAUCUUAACUGGUUUGUUCAGUUUUAGGAAAAUGACAGUUUAAGACUCUUUGCCUAGAUUUAAAAAAAAAAAAAAAAGAAAGCUGUGAAGAUGGACAUCGCUCCAAAUUCGGAAAAACAGACCUCAGAGGAUCAGUUGAAGAGGAAAGGAGGGAUAUGAAUGAAGAGUUGAUCAGACCACCACGGAUCUGUUUGGGUCUCCUUUCUUUCUGCGACGUGACGAGAGGACAAACUCUUUUCACUGGACAGUUUUGACAGUGACCAACACGCACUUUAAUCGCCUCCAAAUCUGCGGAUGAACAAGCUUCUUUUAUCGGUUUGAUUUAUAUUUGGUUGUUUUAACGGUUGUUGUUGAAAACGUUCCGUUGUAUUUCACGUCUGACAGACCAAAGUCUAGAAGGAAGGACGGACUUUAAUUUUUUUCCCCGUGUUGCACCGUUUGUUUCUUCUUCUAGUAGUUUUUUUUUUGUUUUUGUUUUUUUUUAAAGCUUCGCCCCCCAUCCUCCUCAGGAAGGCUGUGAAGGUCGAGGGGACACAAUAAGGGAUCGUCGGGGACCAAACACAGCCCAGAGAAGCUUGACGUUAGCCAUCAAAAAUCACUCCGCGCACAAAUUUACGUUUUUUUGAAUCCCUAUCAGUGGUGUGCUACAGUUCAGGCUUCCACGUUUCACUUGUUCUGCUGGGACUGGUAAAUCCCUGUGCGACUAUGCUAUUUGUGCUAUUUGAAGUUAAACGUCAGAUUUAGUGGAUUCCAACUUGAUUUUCAUCUUUUUGGUGCAUUUGCGCCUUCUAUUUACAUUCAGCAUGUCAACUCUGCCGUAACAUCUACCCUCACGAAAUGCAAAAUUGAAAAUUGGUCAGAAAUCGAAAGAUUAAUUAUUUGCAUUACUGAAGUCGUGUAAGGGAUACGCCUCACUUUUGUGAAAUUUAGUCACUCACCCACUCACUUUCAGUGAGAAAAGGCAUUUUUAAAUCAGUUCAGGUAUUUACCUCAUCUAAAUUUUCAGUGAGAAAAGGCAUUUUUAAACCAGUUCAGGUAUUGUCCUUAUCUAAAUGCUAAGCUAAAGUUGUUAGCUUUAGCUUAGCAUAGGCGCUGUAAUGUAGAGUUGCCAAUUAGCAAGGCGUUCGCAAAAGUCUGAGCACCGCUCAAAGACACUCACAGCACCUGAAAACCAACCACACCGGAAGUUGGGGGUUUUAAGGUGCUGCAUCCCAAGAUAUAUUCCCAAGUAGGGGGUUUUCAGAUGCAACGUCCCGAUAUAUUCCCAAGUAGGGGGUUUUCAGGUGCUGCGUCCCAAGAUGUAGUCCCAAGUAGGGGGUUUUCAGAUGCUACGUCCCAAGAUGUAGUCCCAAGUAGGGGGUUUUAAGGUUCUAUGUCCCAAGAUAUAGCCCCAAGUUGAGGGUUUUCAGGUGCUGCGUCCCAAGAUGUAGUCCCAAGUAGGGGGUUUUCAGAUGCAACGUCCCAAGAUAUAGUCCCAAGUUGAGGGUUUUCAGGUGCUGUGUCCCGAUAUAUUCCCAAGUAGGGGGUUUUCAGAUGCAACGUCCCAAGAUAUAGUCCCAAGUUGAGGGUUUUCAGGUGCUGUGUCCCAAGAUGUAGUCCCAAGUAGGGGGUUUUCAGGUGCUGCAUCUCAAGAUAUAGUCCCAAGUAGGGGGUUUUAAGGUUCUAUGUCCCAAGAUAUAGCCCCAAGUUGAGGGUUUUCAGGUGCUGCGUCCCAAGAUAUAGUCCCAAAUCUAUAUCUGCCCUAGGUAAUCCCUUCAUAUUAAUUGCAUCAACAUUACAAAAAGUAAUUAGGAAAAUUCUUGAGUUUAUUUAUCACUUUUGCGAACCACUGGCUACUUAGCGACACAACAUUACAGCACCAAUGCUAAGCUAAUGUUAACAGGCGGGAUGCCGGAUUAUGACUCUGGAGAAAUUAUCCAACUCUGGGGAAUAUGGCGAGUCACUAAAUUUCACAUAGAGGUGGCGUAUCCCUUUAAGGUUAACGCAUUGAAACAUGAGGCAUGUUUAAAAUAGGUGGAUGGAUUUCAUUAAGGGCGCACAGAUGUUGUUACCACACAGCCGGCUUGCUGAGCUUGCAUGUAGAACCCCUAGGCCUGUGUUGCUCUGGAGUUAAUUUAACUGUGGUUGACAUGGCAAUAAAUAUCACCAAGGCUAUGAUCACUGCUCAGCAUACACUCAGAUACACUCUGUGAAAGUAGAAAUGCCAAACUACCUACCCUUCAACCAUGACAGGGAAUGUUUUUAAGCUUCAUGUGCUCGUCUGAAAUGGACACUGAUUGCCCUGUUGGCUGCCCAUCAACGUCUGACUCUUUUUUUUUUUGAAAUUUCGAGAAACGCUGCCCCCUCCAGUUUUAAAGUCUAUUUUGUUCCCUGUGAGGAGCUGGUUGUGGAAGGUACAGGAUUCGUUGUCGUUAACCAGGUUCAGUGUCGCGCCCCCCUUUCCAAAGACGGCCAUCCUCGCUGACGUUCAAAUUUCCCAACCGGUGCAUGCAUGUGAAGUGUAGUUGUAGCCACUGUGACGGUAGCUUCAACGAGCCACAGACAUAUAUCGUAUUUUCCAAAAAAAAAAAAUAAAUAAAUAAGUUCUUGUCUAUGUAGCGUCGCGGGAGAUCCCGUGAUCACAGAAUCCCAAACAGUGCCAGUCAUUACUUUUCUAAAAUUCACUUUUUGAAAACAAAAACAAAAAAUAAUAAUUGUUUAGAUAUGUUUUUUUAAAAAUAUACAUAUAUAUAUAUAUACAUACAUAUUAAAACCUAUACUGUUUUAAAAACAGAUGAGCAAUUAUUCCAGUGACUUUUUUUUUUUUUUUUUUGUCAAAUAUGUUGAACUGCGACGAAGGUUUGCAGCAGUUUGACUCUGUUUUCUAUCUGUGUCUUGUCAUACAGAAAUCUCGCUGUGCAUCUGAGCUGAGUGACUGAUGUGUGUGUGUAUGUGUGUGCGUUUGUGUGUGUUUCUGACAUGACGGGUUGUAUUGCCAAUCGAUUUUACCCAGUGUUACAGGUCAAAAAAGGCAGAGUGUCACUUAUUAAAAAUAAUCACUGCCUGUAAUUAUACUAAAGACACUGUUACUCUACUCUGGCCUCAUUGUGUAUCCCCUCUUUCCUCUUGUAUAGAACCGCUGCUCCUUUUUUGAGAAACCUUUGCCAAUAUAUUGUCCACGAUUAUUUUAUGUACAGAUACAACAUUGAAGAAAGAGAGCAGCGUUGCUUUAACCAAUUACUAACUCUCCUCAGGUUUAUAUUUAUUAUGAUUAUCAUUGUCGGCGAAACCCUCCCAGAAAUAUCAGCUGACUCGAUGCAAGGAUUGGCAAGUUACAAAAGAAAAAAAGAAGCAAACAAAUGAGUUUUGCAAUAACGGUGUUUCAGCAUGCAAUAAUAUUAACGAGCCCUCGGUUAGCCUGUCAAACGGUCACAAGUUAACAAUGCACACCUGCUGACCUUCUGCAGUAAAAUGCCUCUUCGGAUAAACACAUAUUAUAAAGGGAGAACAGUGUAUUUUGUACAAAUAUUUUAAAAGUAUUAAAAUAAGCCUGUUUAACCUGUUCCGUGUACAGUUGAAUGAAUGGAAUUGGAACAUGUGAUGUGUGUGUUUUUUUUCCCCUGAAUAACUAAAUGAAACCAAUAUUAAUGCAAA